AUGGCCAAUCCUUCCGCGCCUCGUCAGCCGGCCGCCGGGUCCACUGCUGGACUCCCACGAAGCGUGCGGCCACAGGCGUCGUUCCUGCUUCACACAGAAGACGGGCAUAUCGGCGUGGCGAUCUCGAGACCUACCCCGGCGCCGCAGUGGCCGCUUCCGGGACCUAUCACCACGCCUGCGCCGAUCGUCAGCGAGCAGUUCCAGCCGCCACACGGAACUUCGCCGCCCCAGCGACCACCGAGACCUAGUCGGGUCCCUUCCAUUCUGGAUGCAUCCAAGGUGCAGGACCACACGCCCGUUUUCCAGUAUAGGCCUAGGGAGUCAGCUGGCCAGGAUUCACUGGUAGUGCCCGAGACCCCCUCGGGUGCGUCGCGACCAUCCACAUUGUCGUCCGUUGCCUCGAUUCCCGACUUCCCUCUUCCGACACAAGGUCCAUCCGGGCCACCAAGAAGAAGCGUUGGGCUUGGACCACCACCAUCCGCGAGACGAGGGGCUUCAACCUUCUACUCCAAUGCCUCCUUUGUUUCCCCAAUUCCCGAGGAAAGCCCGCGUUCUCGGUCUCAUACCUCGUUCGCGUCAAGUGCUGCGAUGCCGGAUAACUGGGCUUCACCGUCGUCGCCAGGACCAAGCCCGGACUACCCGGAUCCUAUUUACGGUGAAGCGAUCAUGGAGGAGUCGGCAAUUGGGGAUGACGAUGCGGAAGAGAGCCGCUUAGUACGCAGUGCAAGUAUUGGGAAGAGAGCGAAACCUACGUUGGUGAGCCGACCGUCCUUCCGAGGGCCCGAUACAACGCAACGCGAGCAGCGACCGGGACCGCAGCCUGUUCAGGGGACUUCCCAGGAAGGGGUAUCUUACGUUCAGCAUUCGAGCUCCUCCGGCACGCUUCCGGCUACAGCGAGGCUACCCAUCGGCUUGGCCGUGACACCCGAUACUAUGCUCAACGCCUAUUCCUCGGCGAGUGCGGACGAUCCGUUGACUUCAUCGCAGCAUAGCACAGCGAACUCAACCGAUGCGACUCCCACCUACAGUCGGUUUUCGGCGAUACGGCGGCCGCCGCGGUUGGAUAUUGAGGCCGUGAGGAAGGCUGAGGCCAGGGGGAGCUUGACGAGCCUGCCAGAUCUCAUUAGGCGAGCGACGAGGCUGGCAGCUAGUCUGGAGAAAGGGCGGAGGCCGGCCAGCCGUUUCGACGACCUCGAGGACUCUGGCAGCUCUGGGCUGGAUGCCGAGAAACAUCGGUCCGGUCUGUCGGAUAUGUUGGCCGCAUUUCCUCCACCAGCACACCUGACACCAAACCCGAGUCGCCGCAGCAUUCGGGACAGCAUCCGAGAACAGCUGCAGUCAUGGCCUCUCCCUAUCAAUAUUAAUCGCACUCUCAACACCUCACAAGAAGCUGUCCCAAACAGCGACUCGCAGACUACCGAUUCGAAGCCCCGACGCAGAUGCUGUGGCCUCCCUAUGUGGGCCUUCAUCCUGGUCAUGGUAAUUGCCCUGAUCCUGAUCGUCGCCGCGGUGGUGAUUCCGGUGGAGCUUCUCGUUGUUCGCAAGCAAAACAGGAACCAAGCACAGGAGGACCUUCAACAAUGCCAGCGACAACUCACUUGUGCCAACGGUGGCACGAAUGUGGUUAUUCAGGGGGUGUGCUCCUGCCGAUGUGUAAGCGGAUUCACCGGCCCUGACUGCACCGUAGUUGGCGAAACGGCUUGCACCACAAUUGCCCUGGCCAACAGCGACAGGAAUGUCACCGUGGGGGACGCCAUCCCGCGCCUGAUUCAGCAAGCCCAGACCAACUUCUCCAUUCCUCUCUCCGCCAGCGAGGUCAUUUCGAAAUUCGACAGCGGAAACUUGAGCUGCUCCGCAGAGAACGCGCUGGUAACCUUUGACGGUCGUGCGAUACGGCAGGCCCAAGCGGCCGUCCCAGAGGCCGUCAACGCCGCAAUCGUCGACGGCAUCUUCUACACCACCAUCACUAUCGUAAUCGCGCCGUUCACUACGUUCACAGUCGGCGCCUCCUCCUCCUCGACGUCGACAAGGACAACCUUCAGCACCUCUAGCUUCGCCACAACGAUAUCCGCCGGCGGACAAUCUCCCUCGCUGACCACGUCUCUGACAGCGACGAGCAUGGUCACGAUGACCACGACCAUGUCCUCUGGCACAGGGACGCCGACGACGCCGACGCCGACGUUUGGCGUGACGGAGGACGUGCUCGACUUUGCGCGGGUCGCGGUGCUGUACAUCCUUCAGGAGGACAGCCUGGCGGAUGCCGAGACGGCGCAGAUGGCGCUGCAGAAGCUUUUCAGCUCGGCAACAAGCGGCUCGUCUUCUUCUGGCGGUGUCAGCGGUGUCAGCGUCGAAGCGGCGCGCAACGUGACGGUCGGGGACGGGAGGUCGGUCGACCUGGUCGAUUUCGUGGUCGACAUGGGCGGUUCCCUUGGGAAGGUUGGGAGGGUUUCAUAG